AAAAUUUAGUUUAAACUAUAUAUUCGUCAAAACAGAUGUGUUGUUACUAUAAUUUAGUGAAGCGUCGCGGGCCGGAUUAUAGUUCUCCGGGUCGUAGGUUGCCGACGCCUGCUAUAGAGUCUACUCUAGACUGCAAUGGCGGAAUCCCGGAGUUCAGCGAAACCCUGGUUGAAAACCAAUGCUCUAUAAACUAUAUUUUCACCGUGUUCAUUGUCAUUUUAACUAGGAAUUAGAUAUAACUUUCUAUCAUGAUUCACUUUAUAUUAUUAGCCAAGCUGUACAGAUUAACUAUAUUUCAAGAAGCAUUUAAUUGAAUGCAUUCAUGAGACCUGGCAUAGGAUGGAUAGGAUUUGCAAAAACGAUGAGCCGACUACAAGCCUCUCGUUCGGUUACGUGUCCAUGUCGGUUGAUCAGGAACAGAAAUGGCGACGAAUUUAAUUAUAAAAUCCAUGAUUUAUUUAUUGCUCAUGGGAAUUCUGCUUACACCUACAUAUGCAGAAGGAUGUUCAACAGUUUUUAAUGGAACUAAAAAAACCUACAUUGGAUGGCCCGUUGUCAUAAGUUGUUCCGAAGCCUACUCCAUGUAUUACGAAGCCUUUUAUUUUGACGACGAUGAGUUUGAUUUGACGUGCAUUAUCCAGAUACCGGAAUUAAAUAAAACACUACUAAACGAGACAACAUCGGCCUAUGAUAUUUCGACUUUAGAAUAUAAUCUGCAAGUUAACGAAUCCACCCCCACAGAGAUUGAAAUCACAGUGCAGCUUUCUUCAGAAAAUUGCGUGACUGAAAAAUUACAACUAACUACUUCAAAACUUUCCAACUACGAGUGCAAUUCUGUCCCUAAAGACAAAACCAACGUAGUUGAAAGAAAAAUAAUUCAAGAAGAUACAACAAUUAUGUAUUGCGAACUUACAAGUCAGUCCGAAGAACCUGAAAUUAAUGUGAGAAAUUACGAAGUUACGUGGUAUCACAAUUGCGACACAAAUUUGCCGCCUAAUGUAACGGUGACUAAUGAUCAGUUGACCAUCCCUGUAACAGACUACAGGUAUCAUCCUGGAGAGUAUUCUUGUUCAGUGAUUGAUAAUAAUCAAACAAGAUAUAUCGUUUUCUAUGAAUUGUGCAUAGAACCUCGACAAUGGUCGCCGAUUGUGCAAGUGUCUGCGCCUGAAGAAUCGAAAUAUCGGGUUGGAGAAACAAUAAACAUAACUUGUGACGUUAAUAUUGGAUCAGGAACUUUUGAUAGUACGGCAUACAGCAUGAAUUUUAACAGGCUCUUACCCAAUGGCAGCAUCGAUGAGUCAAAAGAUAACAUUUCCUGCACUGCUAAUCUUGGUGGCGGAAGAGAGACGUCCCCUGACGAGAGAGUGACAUGCGUUUUUUUGUAUGGAAGAAAUGCUUCAGCAGAUCCUUUCAAAUGUUUCGCUGAAAUUCCUACACAGGAAGAAUGGGAAGCAGAAAAAAAUAAAACGCUGAAAACUCUACAUAUGAUAUAUGAAAUGAAAGACAUACAAAAGCAAGACUUCGGAAGAUUUCAGGCCUUCGUCAAAAAUGAAAUCAGUCAAAUUAACGACACAGACAUUACCAUUGUAACAGAAAUUGUAAACAACCCAGAAAAAACAAUUCAGAUUAUCUGGAUUGUCAUUGGAUCUGUAUUGGGUGUUGUAUUUAUUGUUGUACUGUGCGCCAUAUUUUGGUUGGAGAUCCAAUGGACGUGGAAACAUUACUUCGCCAGUUUUGAUGAAGACGUUCGAGAUUUCGGAGCAUACUUUGCAUAUUUUUGGACGAACGAUACACAACCAAAUCCGGCAUACGAUGCACUGAUUGAAAAAAUCAAAAUCGAAUUGGGAAAACUGAAUUCACCGAUAUACGAUCCUCACCAUAAUCCUGCCAAGUUUGAAUGGAACAUAGAAAAUAUCAAUCGUGUUCAACAAAUGUGUGAUCGUAUCAUUAUCAUCUUAACGGAAAAUUACCUUAAAGAUCCUGAAAAUACAUUUGAAAUAUACAACAAUUUUCUCCAAAGUUCCUUCAUUUUCAUCAAAACACCUGGCAUCGACCAGGUUAUUCAAAACUUGAAAGAUGAGAGAAGACAUGGAAUAAAAGCAGCCUUGAGACUGUACUAA